AUGAUAUCCCCAGAUCUUAUUUUAGAUCCGCAAUUGAAAUACUGGGUUUUAUUACCUAUUUCAUUUGUUAUGGUCUUGGUAGGUUUAUUAAGAUCGAAUAUUACAUUAUUGCUUACACCAUCACCGAAAUUGACGCCAUACAAAACAGCAAGGGAGAAACAAUUUUUGAACCGGGCUGUUUGUUUUAGAAAAAAUAAUGGUAUUUUGACCCCUAGUGACUUUGAAACUAGACAACAGUACUAUAUUGAAAAAUUGAAUUCAUCCGACUUUUAUGCUGAAAAAGAAGACCCGGAUGCCACUCCAUCUAACCCAUUCACCGAUCCUUCUACAAACGACGCCAUGAUGAACAUGGUGAAAGGGAAUUUAAUGAAUUAUAUUCCACAAACAUUGAUUAUGGGAUGGGUCAAUUAUUUCUUCGCUGGUUUUGUUGUCAUGAAACUUCCAUUCCCUCUCACUGACGGGUUUAAAAGUAUGCUACAGAGUGGGGUUGCGACACCUUCUCUAAAUGUUCGUUAUGUUUCGUCUAUUUCCUGGUAUUUUGUCAAUUUGCUCGGAUUGAAACCAGUUUACUCUUUGCUAAUGGAAGAUUCCAAAAUAGUCGACCAAAUGAUGCAACAACAACAGCAACAGCAAAUGCCAAACAUAGGUGGGCCCGGCGCUCCAAAAGUAGAUAAAGUUUUCAAGGCUGAAGCAGAAAAUAUUCAAAUUUUAUCUCAUGAAUCCAUAUUUGAUGGAAUUGUCGAUAGAGUCUUAAACCAAUCCGAUUAA